AUGACAGAGCAUUGUGUUGUCCACAUACUUGGCACCGAAGGACACUUUUUGCUCAGGGUCACCCUCACUGCUUCUGACACAGGAGAGAGUGAGGUGGACUCAGACAGAAAGUGCAGAUUGGAGUCAGUUACCAUGGAAACCAGGAUGGUGAUGCAUCGAGAGCAGGAGGAGCAGUCAUCCAAGAUGUCUCAAAGUAUGCAGCUGUCCUCCCAGACCAAAAAGCGGACAUUCACUUCCAGGGAAAUCCUGCAGGAAACUAUGGUUGCGGAUGAGGAUUUCCAGAGAGAGAAGUGGACAUUUUUCGGGAAUGAAGCUGAGAAGGUAGAAAAAGAUGUAAUCAGGAACCAACAUGUGCUGCGCACUCGUUUCGAUAAAAUGGCGCUUCGUCAUCAGGCAGAGAGGAAGGCCUCCUCCCACAUGAAGUACCUGGAACAACUCAGCCAAAAGGCCCCAGACUUCGCUGUCCCUCUGAGGGCUCACACUGUCUGGGAAGGGAUGACUGUGAAACUCUCCUGCACUGUCCAAGGCUGUCCAACCCCAAAGGUUACAUGGUACAAGGACGGGGAACCGCUUCUGAUGUCUUACCUGCCAUGGAAUUACAGUCUUCAACAAAGUUUUGGUCUCAACAUUCUGGAGAUCAGAAGGUGCCACCCUGAUGACGCUGGUGAAUAUAAAGUGGUGGUCAAGAGUCCCCUGGGUGAAGCCAUGACCUUUGGAAAGCUGGUGCAUAUCGAGGCGCUGUGGCUGGUUCAGAGCAUUCGCAGACUGUUGCUGCAACAGGAAGCGCAAUUUGACACAUCCUUUCCCCCAACCUGGGUGAAAGAGGGGGACAGCCUCACUCUGCAGUGUGCCUUCACCUCGACUCUGCUCCCCUUCCAGCAAGACAUCAGCUGGUUCAGGGAUGGUAUACAGCUUCAUCAGUCCAGCAAUGUGGAGAUCAAAACAAUUGACAACAAGGCCACCAUCACUUUACGAACAGCACAAAAGGAGCAUGAAGGUUUCUACUCUGCCAGACUGAGGACCUGGGAUGGAAUCCAGGAGCAAAAGGCUUUUGUUCAUGUUAAAGAUGCAGCAAGUGCAGUGCAGGGAGGACCUGCUUCUCCUCUGGCGGUGCAGGUGUCUGAUGUCAACAAAGACUACGUCUUCCUGACUUGGCAGCCACCCAGUGCCGACGGAGCGUCCCCUGUGGAGGGUUAUUAUGUAGAAAAGUGUGACCUCGGUCAGGGCGAGUGGGUGCGCUGCAAUGCGCUUGUUCAGAAAACGUGCCACUGUCCAGUGUUUGGACUGAAGGAAGGGACUCUCUACCAGUUCAGAGUUUGCGCUGUAAACCAAGCUGGAGCAGGACGACCAUCUAAAGCCACAGAGCCUAUCCUCACCAAAGACCCUCUGGAACACACCAGGACAAUGGUUGUCAAAGUGGACCGAGGAAAGACCAUCACCAUCACAAAAGAUGACCUGGAAGGUCAGGUCAAAGCUCCUUUUCCUCCCACGAACGUUCACGCCUGCGAGGUGAGUGACACCUACGUGGUGCUGAGCUGGACCGAGCCUGAACCCAGAGGCAGGGAGCCACUGACCUUCUACGUGGAGCAGCCGGCUCCACCUCACUCUGUUAUGGCCAUUAGAGACACAGACACUUCAGUUUUGCUGCAGUGGCACGAACCAAAAGACAAAGACGACAUCCUGGGAUAUUAUCUGUACUACAGUGAUGCUGCCAAACAGGACUGGAAGACUGUUAACAACAAGCCUCUAACUACAAACAGAUUUACAGUCCAUGGACUGAAGACCCGUAAGGAGUACGUGUUCAGAGUGAAGUGUGUGAGCCGAGCAGGAAACAGCAUAUAUUCAGAGGAGUCCCAACCCGUCACAGUGAAAUCAGCCAUAAAUGUUCCCUCUUCUCCCUCUGCAAUCGCCCUGCUGCUGUGCACCGGAUCAGAGAUGGUGCUGGGCUGGAGGGGCCCUCCCUUCCACGGGGGGGACCCUGUGCGCGGGUACUUCUUGGACCAGAGGGAGAAGGGCAUGGAAGCGUGGAGGGAGGUCAAUGUCAAACCUGCACAACAGAGGCAGUUCAAGGUCUGUAACUUGACAAGCGGACAUUUGUACCAGUUCCGCGUCUUUGCUGCCAAUCUGGCCGGAGUUGGGAAGUCCUCUGAGCCCAGUGAAGCGUUCUUGUGUGAAAAGUGGACGAUGCCAGAACCAGGUUGCCCCCAUGACCUGGAGUUCAGGGAGGUGAGGAACAGCUCCCUUGUUCUCUUGUGGGCCGCUCCGCUGUAUGAGGGUCAAAGCCCUGUCACAGGCUAUAUGCUGGAGGUCAGCCAGGGUGACCAAUCAGAAAACUGGACUCUUCUGAAUGAAAAACCUAUCUCUGACACACAUUACAAGGUGUCGGGUCUUGAGGCAGGUCAGACCUACCGACUUCGCGUUUCGGCCGUUAACGAGGCUGGAGUGGGUCGUGCGUCUGUGCCCUCAGAGCCAGUAACCCUUUGGACACAGCCAGGCACCAAAGAAAUUGAGAUUGGUGUGGAUAAGGAUGGUUUCAUAUUUUUGGGCUACGAGGCUGUUGAAAUGAAUGACGAGAGCAAGUUCCUCUGGAAAAAAAAAUAUUCAGACUCCACUGAUGCAAAGAGAAUGAAAGCAGAAACCAAGAACAACAGGUCAGUUCUCACCUUCACAGACCCAUCUGAGGAGGAUCUGGGUCUCUACUCGGUGGAAAUGAGCGACAGCCCUCACCUGUCAUCCAGCUACGAUUUCACUGCUGAAGACCUUGAGCGGCUCCAAGAACUCAGCUGGCAAGUUAGAAACCCCCUGAUAGCGCUGAAGUCAGGCUGGCAGGUGGAGGUUUCUGAGAAAGGCAGCGUGCGUGUUUGGCUUCAGACGGAGAGUUUGAGCAAUGCUGCUGAGCUUCGUCUCAUCUGCAACGACCGGGAAAUCUCCAGCGCUCCGCACCGUCAGAUCAACUUCGACAAGGCCAAAGGUCUGGUGGAGAUACUGUUUGAUCAGCUCUCUCAGGAGCACCAGGGCUCGUACACGGCUCAGCUGAGGGACGGCCGCGCCAAGAAUCAGUUCACUUUGGUCUUUGUGGAUCAAAAGUUCCGUGAGACGCUGGCCUUGGCUGACGCAAACCGGCGGGACACUGAGAGAAAGGCUGGACCUUAUUUCGAGGAAUUCCUGACAUGGAGCGUGAAUGAGGAUUGUGAGCUGAUAAUAAAGUGCAAGGUGACAAACACACACAAGGACACGUAUUUCAAGUGGUUUAAGGACGGCGUGGAAGUGACGCAGUUUGUGCUCGAUCAGUCAUCAGGGUUCAGCUCACUCGCCAUCUCACAGGUUACAAAGAAAGACGCGGGUUCAUACAGAGCUGUGGUGUCUGAUGGGAGAGGAGAGGAUGUCAGCACCUUGGAAUUAGUGGAUGAUGAGUUUGACAAGCUUCUCCAGCAGCUAAGUAAACAGUGUGCAUUGUCGGCUGGUCCACUGAGGAUUCAGAGCACCGCUGAAGGCUUCAAGCUCUACUGCUCCCUCAAAUAUUACAUUAGCUUCCUGAAAACUGUCUGGUACCUCAAUGAGAGGAGAAUUGACCAGGAGGCCAGGACAAAGCCUGAAACCACCAUACAGAGGGUCUGGAUUGAAAUCUUUAACCCAACUGAGAAUGAUAAAGGCAAAUACACUUUGGAGAUGUUUGACGGCAAAGAGACACACAAGCGGUUUCUUGAACUGUCUCAGGAAGCUUUUGCCGAUGCAUUGCUGGAGCACCAGAGGUUAAAGCAACUGGCAAUUGCUGAGAAAAACCGUGCCAAAGUGACAAAGGGUCUUCCUGAUGUUGUAGCCAUCAUGGAGGGCAAGUCUCUUUGCCUGACAUGCUUCAUUGAUGGCGAACCAGCUCCAGAGAUCUUCUGGCUUCGAAAUGAUCGGGAAAUCCUCGAUCAAACUCAUUUUACUAUCACUAAGCAGCCAAAAUGCAGUUCAAUCACUGUCAACAUGGUCAGCGUGGAAGAUUCUGGAAAAUACAGCAUCUAUGUGCGCAACAACUAUGGCUCUGAAACUGUAGAUGUGACCGUUAGUGUGUACAAACAUGGAGAAAAACCUCCUGCCAAUGCAGUGGAGAUGGGUUAGACUGAAUAAAAACACAAGAAUUCAUGUCCAACAGGAAUUUGAGGCUGAAAGAUUUUACCCAGUUGGAGUUUUUCUUUCAUAAAAUAACACAAUGUAACUUUUAAGAUAGGAAAUAAUGCAAUUUCUCACUAAAAACCAAACGAACAAAAUUAUGCCCCUUGCAUUUCUCUGGUUUGAUCAAUUCAACUGAGACUCUGCAGAUUUUCCAUUAUUGAGGUUAACAUUGCAUAACUGGCUUCUAUAACCUUAAUUUUGUCACUCACAUAGCUAACAUUAGUUACCACAAUCAUGAUAGAUUACAUCCUUUUUGCUCCUUAUUUUAACAGCAAUCCUCAGGCUCUAUUUUCUGGCAAUAUAUUCUUAUUUAACUUGAAGUGCCUCAACUCAUAAAGUGCAAAACCAGUCACUGGUUUGAGCUUUGGGUGAUGUAGAUGUGUUGUGUGCAUGUAUGUAGUGAAUAAAGUAGUUUCCCAUUAUUUUCUGUAUUGCAUUUGUUUAUCAAGAAACAUA